CUCAGCAGGCAUGUCAGUUCGGAUUUGAAUCUGCUAUGUCCCGAAGCUUCGCAUCUGACCUACUCACAGGUCGACGUGAUCUUCUCGUCGGAAGCAAUCCUCGAGAAUGGAUUGACUGCGUUGACUAGCACAUACUGGAGCUGUAGUUCAACGCUUGCCAGGUUUGUCGACUAUGCCAAAUCGUUCGUCAACAAAUUCGAAAUGCAAAGCGACAUAGUGGCUGUCAGUGUGCUUGACGCGACAACAGAAAUCGUGUUCAGCCUUGAUUCGCGAGGCCUGCUGACCUUUGUUGUCGACAAGCCAACCUACGAACGCCUUGGCAUAGUAGGAACACCAAUGCGUUGGAGCGGCUGCAAGGAUAUGUACCGCGUCCCCGAUGAUCCUGCCACACGGAAGGUGCACCGAUACGGGUCAAAACAACAGACUGCGCUAGCGGCAUUGGAUGAGUACCACGGGCCUUGGCGUAUCUUGUACCAUCUACGAAGCACUGCUACCGCGCAACCUCUCGAUGGCUCAGUAGAGCAUGUCGUCAAGCCGACAGUGUCUCGAACAGCUCAUGUAUAUGUUCCAGAACCCGCUCUCAGUCCAUGCCCGAACUCCGAAGACGAGAUAGAGGAUUGGAAUGACGACAUGUCAGCUCUGUUCGAGUGGGUUGCUAUGGCAUGCCUCGGGAGCCAAAGAUUGUCGGCGAAUGAUAGAUGUGACCCGUACAUAGCGGUGUAUACACCGCCCAGUCCAUCUCGACUGCACCACGUCACACAUAUCAGUUGGCGCGGAUUGCUGUCGUCUCAAUUCACUCAAGCCAUCAUCGAUCAAGUUCUGUACGCAUUUUCUUCGUCAUACUCUCGACAGGAAUUUGUCGCUUUCUCAACCGCGUUCGCUGCUGUGACGAUUCACGGCGUAUCAACUGCUCCCGUGACUUAUAUUUCACCGUCUUCGCCAUUGCAGACGCCUAUACGACUUCCGCGCCCGGAGUCAGAGGACACAUGGUCUUUGCUAGUAUCGAGUCAUGAUGCGAGGAAACAUGGUACUUGUAAUUGGGUGCUUGCUGACAGCAUUGGCAAGUGGGACUCGAGGUGGGGCUGA